UUCAGUCAUUCAUUAGCUCAGAAAACAUGUUUCUUUAUAAACCUGAAUAUAGAAUUAAUAAACACAGAGUUAUUUGGAACAUAGCAGCGUAGCAAACAGCUGGAUUGUCAGAUUGCUCAUGUGGGAAUGCCUCCUGUAACAGCUGUAUUACACUGGAAUGUAGGACUGCUGUUUGUCUUCCUCCUGGAGUUUACAUCUGCAGACCAGAAAAAUAUCACAGCUAAGUCUGGACAGGAUGUCACUCUGCCAUGUCAAGCGCCAGACAACAACAUCAUCAUGAUCAUAGAGUGGAGCAAAACUGACCUCAAGGAAGAAUAUGUUUUUGUGUAUCGGAAUAAGAUGCCCGAUCUGGAAAACCAGCAUCCAUCUUUUAAAAACCGAGUGGAUCUGCAGGACAUACAGAUGAAGGAUGGAGACGUGUCUUUGAUUCUGAACAAUGUGACGAUUAAUGACACUGGAACAUACCAAUGCCAUGUCUUUACAACAAAAACUCAAAGGAAGAGAGAAAAUCACAGUGUUGUCCCCAUCAGCAUCAUCUACCUUCAUGUUGAUCCUCCAGGUCAGACAGGAGGACACACAGAGGAUGGAUCUGUUGGACUGAUAGUUGAUCACUUUCUGCUUUGGUUCUGGUUGCUGCUGCUGGUUUUGUGAUCUACAGAAAACUUAAUGCUCAUCAGAGACAGGAUUCCUACCAGCCUGCGGCCUGCAGCAAGUUUGAAAUUCUGCCAUUCCAAGCUUGAUGUUUUCGCUCAGCAAGGCUCAAGACAUUACCUGACAAUGUACAGAAAUAAAUGUUACUUCAUAUCACUACCAUAAAAACAUUUCUAGAAUUUGAGAAACUGACCAAUAAGUGGCUGAAACAAGCACAAAACUAGAGUAUAAUUGCAGCAUCAUCCACUGUGAUGGGCUCUAAAGAUGUUGGAGCUGCUGAUAAACACGUUCCCAGCGGUGAACCAGACUGAGAAAAAAA